AUGGAAUCUCCCUUCAAGCCAGAUAUACUGAAAGGAAAGGUUGCAUUGCUGACUGGUGGUGGAUCAGGUAUUGGAUAUGAGAUAGCAGCACAGCUGGGGAAACAUGGUGCCUCAGUUGCCAUCAUGGGCCGACGCAAGAACGUCCUCGACUCUGCUGUAUCUGUUCUUCGUUUUCUGGGUAUUCAGCUGAAGCAAGAGCUUCUUAAUGUGCUUAUUGCCUUUGUUGCUUAA